CCAGUCCAGACGGUUUGUAGUCAAGCCGGACGUAUCAGGAGUUGUUUCUUUUCAGAUGAAAUUAGAUCGUCCGAACAUGCCCAGUAGGUUGAAAUAGAAAAGGGUCCUUCCUUCACCGCAAGAUAGGAUUCUUCUCAAUCAUCUCAUAUCAUACCCCACUUCCCUUGGUUCUCUCUGAAACCACACUGGCAUACCCUCCUACUCGAUAAUCAUGUCUAGAUGCGAUAGCGAAAAGCUUGCUCCUCAACAUAAGAGCGCAUUCUUCUCAUUCAUUAAGUCUCUCGCAACAUUCAAAGGCGACUUGGCAUCCUUAACUGCACCUCCAUUCCUGCUCUCUCCUCAAUCAAUUAUCGAAUUCAGCGCAUACUGGGCAGAACAACCAUGUCUCUUCGUGGCUCCCAGCAAAGAAGAAGAUCCCGAGAAGAGGGCACUUUUGGUGCUGAAAUGGUUCCUGAGUACGCUGAGACAACAACACAAUAAUAAGGAUGAGAAUGGGAAGAAGAAGCGAAUGAAGCCAUUGAACCCUUUCCUAGGAGAGUUGUUCUUGGGAAAAUGGGUUGAUGAUUGUGGUACCACCAACUUGGUUGCUGAGCAAGUUAGCCAUCAUCCGCCCAUUACUGCAUGCAACAUAUGGAACGACACACAUGGUGUUAGGCUCCAAGGCCAUGUCGCACCUAAAGCAUACUUCUCGACUACGGUCCACAUCGAUCGGAAAGGAUACUCAGUUCUGCACCUUGACAAAUAUGACGAAGACUACUUAAUCACCAUGCCCAAGAUACACAUUGAAGGUAUAAUGACUGGAUCAUUGUGUCCUGAAUUGAGCGGCGCAACAUACAUACGAAGCUCGAGCGGAUAUACAGCGAAGAUAGACUAUUCGAGUAAAGGAUGGUUGAGUGGAAAGAAGAAUUCAUUCGUCGCUACAUUAUUCCACGAUGACAAGCAAAAUGAACCAUUAUAUACAGCCGAGGGACAGUGGAGUGGAGAUUUCUGCAUGAAGAAAGUGGCUACUGGAGAAGUGGUUGAGAGCUUUAAUGUCGAUUCGGUACCAAGGACACCUUUAACAGUCACUCCGGUCGAACAUCAACACCCUCUCGAGUCCAGACGCGCUUGGCAGAAUGUCGCAGAUGCGAUCCACAGAAAUGAUAUAUUUGCUGUUGGACAUGAGAAGACCAAGAUUGAGAAUGAACAACGAGAGAUGCGGAAGAUAGAGAAGGUUGAAGGCAGAGAGUUCCCACGGAGAUACUUCACGAAGGCGAAGCAGGAUCUGGUUGCUAAGAGUCUGACAGAAGGAAUGAAGAGACAUGCGUCUAUGCAGGGAGAGAUGGAGGGGCAUCAUGGCGUCUGGAUGUGGGAUGAACAGAAAUAUAGAAGGGUCGAGAACAACAGAGCCCAGGGAAUCAAGAGCCCGAUGAGAACAAGAUUCGAUUCGGGUAUUGGUGGCAUUUUGCUAGAUCCGGAUCUGGUCGAGAGCGUUUGAGAUGCCAUUGGGUCAUGAGGCGUUCAGGAAUACCAUGGGAAUAGAUCUACAUUGCUGUAUACAUUUCUUUUGGCAUGUGAACGAUAAGAAAAUUGUGAACAGAGAUCUCGAUAC